UUUUCGGAAGUGAAAACAAGAUGGCUUGUCUACGAGCAGAAGACUGUGGGUAUCGCUUCCUGGUGCUGUUUUUUAACUGCAUGUUGACAUUUGGUUCCUACUACUGUUUUGACAUGCCAAGUGUCUUGCAAGAUGAAUUCCAAGGGGUGAGCAACUGUACACAAAACUCUACUGGGCAGGAAAACAGCUCGUGUGUUAAAUGUGAUGACUGUCUGGGGAUGUCUGCGGAUGACUACAACCUCCUCUAUGCCAUAUACGCCUGGACAAAUGCAGCUGUUGUCAUUGGUGCAGGCUUCCUGAUAGACAAACUUGGGAACAGAGUGGGAGUAUUUCUGUUUUCCUUCCUGUGUGUUGUGGGAUCCUCCCUAUUUGCCAUUGGGAGCAUGUUUAAGGGUACAUCAGCGAUGUUGCCAAUCAUGUUGCUGGGACGUCUGCUGUUUGGGUCUGGCAAUGGCUCCCUCACAAUUGUACAGAACAGGAUAACAGCCUACUGGUUCCGUAACAAAGAGCUCGCCAUGGCCUUUGGUAUAACACUGGCUUUCUCCCGACUUGGCAGUGUCCUUAACUUCUUCCUGACACAAAGCUUUUCCGAGGUCUAUGGGCUCUCCUGGACACUGUGGGCAGGAGCUAUGCUGUGUGGCCUGGGUUUCAUAUCGGCCUUGAUUGUUAGCUUCUUAGACAUGUAUGGUGUGAGGCAGUUAGGAGAUGAGCAAAACCUCAAGGCAGAGUCCAAGAAACUAAAAGUCACAGAUAUAAAAUAUUUCUCCUUAUCCUACUGGCUAUUGGCCCUUGCCAUCAUGUUUUUCUACAAUGGAGUCUUCCCCUUUGUUGCUGACGCAAGUGAAUUUAUACAUGUCAAGUAUAAAUUUGAUCUGAAAACGUCCUCGUAUUUGGCUGGUGCAGUGUACGAUGUUUCCAUGGUUGUCUCCCCCUUUUUAGGAGGGCUCAUUGAUGUCAUAGGGAGACGAGGAAUCCUGGCUGUCAUGUGUGCCAGUUUAUCAAUACCAGUGUUUGGAAUUUUAGCGUUUACAUCGGUCUAUCCUUUGGUGGCGACACUAUGGCUGGGAAUUACUUACUCUUUUGCCGCUGCAAGCUUAUGGCCAUCUAUUCCACUUGUGGUGAGUCCAGCCACCGUGGGUACAGCCAUGGGACUGACUACAUCCAUACAGAUGAUAGGAAUAGGAGUUUCUAACUUGGUAGUUGGUCAGAUCCUCGGCAAAAGCCUACAUCUGAAGAGAGAGGAGACACUAUUGAGGUGGAAAUAUGUUAUGGUCUUCCUCCUGGCCAACAGCCUUGCAUGUGUACUAACCACUGUGUUCCUCAACAUCAACGACAAGAGAAGGGGAGGAAUUCUUAACCUGAGUCGAAAACAGAAGGCUAUGAAAGCAGCCCAGUUGGAGGCUGAUCAAGCUGAGAAGGAACCAGAUGAGAGAGAUCCACUGAUUCCAAAUCGCCGACGGCCAGUCAUCAACUGAAACGCACCAGGAAGACAUUCCUUAGUUUCCUAUCGUUCAACCAGGAAGGUGCUGUUUGUGUGAUUAGUAAGAGAGGAGUGAGGUGAGAUUGAAUGGACGGAAUUGAGGUAAUGGAAAAUAUAUUUCAAGUAAGAGUUGAACAGAGAGAAACUAGGAAUCAUUAAUUGAACAGAGAAACUGAUUGAAUUGUAGGAAUUGAGAUAAUGGAAAAAAGAUAUUUCAAACUUGAGUUGAAUGGAGAGAAACUGUAAGCUAUCAUUGUUUUAAUAUACAAUGUGUAAGACUUGAGACAAAGAAUAUUAUGUGAGAUAGAUAUAUUUUAUGGUUAUGAGUUAAUUAAUGUCUCAAAACUAGUCAUAAUCCCAUCUCACAGAAAAUAGAGCAAAUAGACACACACCUUUCUAUAUUUCUGUAUGUAAUCAAAGCAAAGUUUUUAAACCGAUUUAGUUGUGGAAUUUAAUAGCCAUUCUCUUAUAUCAUAAUGCAUCACAAUUUCAUUCAACACAAUGUUGUAUAUAUAUCCCUAGACAAUUAUGUUUUGUUUUUUUCUUUUUUAUAUUUUAAAUACAUACUGUUUUUAUGAGAAAUUAUUUUUAUGAUCAGUUCCUCAUUAUUUUAGUAUUAUUGGUAUUAAAAUCGUUUGUCAUCAGAGUUCUACUGAAUGGACAUCUUUAUUUAUGUAUGAUAUGAUUUGUCAUGUUAAUCCAGUUGUGAUUAUUUUGAGUUGGGCAUCUCAAACUUGAUCUUACCAGUGGUGUGGAUCAUAAAUGUGAUCAUCAGACUUUAUAACACAUUUAAUCAUUUGUGUUAUGACACUGAUAUCAAUGUAGUUACUAGUAUAUUAUAAAUACAAAUUAUAACUCUACCAAAUCUUUAAAUAGCUGGCUCCAUUUUCAUCAACAUUCCUGAACUUAAUGAAAUUACUUAACUUAAAUUGUCCAUAGGAAUGCAAUACAGAAUUUAAAGGGAAAAUCUAAGUUAAGGAAUCCUCCUUAAACUCUCUGAGGUUUUCCUAUAAUGGGAACUUUUAAGUUACCGGGUAAGGAAUAUUGAUGAAAUUGGCCCCUGAUUGGCGAUAAGACUAAAAAAAUACCUUUUGAACAUGGCACAUUCCAGUUGUAUUGUCGGAGAAAAAAAAGACUUUUUAUUAUAUUAGUACAGUAUAUCAAGUUGAUGUCCAUUGUUUCAUUUUCCAUCAUAACUAUUACACACUGUUCAUUGUCUACUUUUCCUUAAAUGAUAAUGUUAUGUUUCUAGUUCCUUGUUAAAUUAGGAGGCAAACCACUGUAAACCUCUAAUGAAUUGUACCAUUAAAAUAUUGUUAUUUUAAAUGAGAUUUUGUAGGGAUAUUAAACUUUUACCUCUGUAUGAUGUAAAAUGUAAAUAUUCCAUGACAAUGACUACUUGAUAUUGAGGUUCUCUGAUUUUAUUGUUAGUAUGUGCCACUUUAUAUAUAUAUGUAUGCCAAUAAUUGAGAUUAUGAACAAAUUUAACUGUAUAAGGUAUUUGAAGUGAUUAUAACUGUAAAUUUCAUGUUCAUUAAACAGUGAUUUCUUAUGAAUAGUGAAAUGGGUAUACGAUAUAAUGAUAUACAAGUCUAUACCCUAAAAAAUGUUCUAUGAAUAUAUGUUUGUGCGUUUUUAAAACACCCUUUACCUCGUUUUAUGUUAGUAAACAAUGCUACAUGGAAAAAGCCAAAUGAAGUCAUAUGUGAGUGCGAGGGACAAGUUCGUUUACAAAACACUUUGAAAUUUGUAAUGAAGGGAAAGUCAUAGUUGUAUGAUUUUCCAACUGAUUUUUACAGUUAAUGUCACUUUUGAUAUUGUUUUAACUUCAGUACACCUAAGGAAUAUUUUUUGUAUUAAAUUCUGAAUCAGUGCAAUAUUUCAAAUGCCUACAUGUUUGUGAAAGUACCACUUUCACAAAAUGUGUUUAAUAACUGUACUGUAACAGACUAAUUUCAAGUCAUUGAAUAUUAAUUUCAAUGUUAACCAGGUAAAUUGUUUUAAUUCAAAGAUCUGAAGCAAAAAUUGAUUUCAAAAAUAAUAUGGUGUUCUUUUUUUUCAUUUGGUUAAUUGCAAACAAAAGAAAUGUUUUGGCUUCAUUUUAUUUAGUUGCUUCAGAAAUUGUGUUCAUUGUUUUAAUUCAAACUAACCAAAACUGAUUGUCAUUAUUGAAAGAUAUAUGUUGUCCUUAAAAUAUUUGCAGAAAUACAAUAUUUUUCUUAAAGCAAAUGAGUGACUGUGAUAAAUGAAUUGUAAUAUGUUUAUUAAAUGAUGGUUUUAGUCUAUUUUAUACGAUAAAUAAAAAUACCAGGUAUUGCCACAUCUUGUUUUC